UAUCGACUCAUCGAUCCAAGUUUCUUCAUUUUUCAUAUAUAUAUAUAUGUACAUACGACGUAACUGUAAAACAACAUGAAGUCACUGGUCUUAGGCGUUCUGCUAUCUUGCUUGUUCUCAAAAUAUAUUCUUAAAGUCGUAGGGGACGUGGGGUCUGCUAGAUCUUAUAGACCUCCAUACUUACCAACAAAAUGCAAGGGAAACGACCAAGAACAGUUUCCGGAAGACGGAUAUUUCGUGGCGGUAAGCGACGGUCUAUGGGACAACGGAGCUUCCUGUGGGCGGAGGUACCAGAUGCGGUGCAUAAGUGGCCCCAAACGACCAUGCAAGGGUGGCUCCAUUGUGGUUCAGGUCGUUGACUUCUGCAGAAGCAAUCCAUGCGGCACCACUCUUCAGCUUUCCAACAAAGCCUUCGACGCCAUAUCUACUUCUCCGAAUGCGCGAAUCAACGUCGAAUAUGCACAAAUUUGAUUGAAUGAAGUGCAUUAGAUGAAAGCCAUCAAACUUCGCAAGGGGAUUUUAUUGGCGGAAUUCCUUCUUUCCAUUGCUGACCAGAAGAUAAAAGCCAAUCACUAAAGGAAAGUAUUUUAUAACAGAAAUCACUUCAUUAGUCCACUUUUAUAACUGAUGCUUCUUUUAAGAAUAAUAAUUACUAUAUAUUUUCCAUAUAUAUCAACAAAGUGUAUGAACUAAUUAUAUUAGGUUACAUCAAUUUGUUACUUAGUUAUUCAUGUGGUGUAAUAGAAUGGG